AUGGUGGUUUGGUUCUUCGAAUUUAUAUGGCUUUUCUGGAUUUUGACAUCUUCUGAAGCGAGAUCCACGCAUACCAGAAAAAUCCAAGGUUCCCAAAUUGUUAUUGUCCUAGUUUAUUUCGCUGUGAUCAAUGACAACAAUUUUUUCGCUUAGGUUUGAUCGUCUAAUGUUUGUUUCUAACUAACUUCAUCAGCUGUUGGUCAAUCUGCCUACGCUGGUUCGUAUGGCAGCCGUACUACAGGAUUUUUCCAUGGUGUAGGACAGGGAAAGCCGCCAAGAAAUAGAGAGAACCUUCAAGGGAAGAAAAAGAAUGAAGGGAAAAAUAUUCAAAUGGAAUUUAAGCGAAAAGUUUCCUCUUUCAAGUCGACAGAAAGCGCUACUACGAUCGCUCGUGAAAUCAACAGCAACCUUACAGCGGGUCAUCGUGAGGACCUGCCGGAAAUUUAUAUUUUAGUGUUGGUGAGUCUUCUUUUUGUGUUCUUUAUUCGCGUUGGUGGUAAUUUUAUUAGUGUAUCCGGAGUCUUUCCGGAUUUUUUGUUUGUUUGUUGAGAAAAGGUUCUGUCCGAGCGAGCAUACAUUGAGUUGUCGGUCGACAGGUCUACAGCUUUGAUACCGCCGUUACAGUUUCCAUUACGAUUUUGUUUUUUUGAGAGAAUUAUAAUAAUUGUCUGUUGCUUAACAACUCGGUCCGUAGUCGAAUGAUGUGGAUGGAAUUAAAUUCAAAAGAUCGUGUUUUCACACAAUUCGAUACGUUUUGUAGCGGUUCUUUCGGUCAUGCCAGACACCUGGAAUAGGUUUGUCCUGGGGAAACUUUUUUCGGUGCUCUACCGCGAGAAAACUACAUUUAUUAUAGAAAAUGCGUGGGUUUGACAGAGUUUGACGAUUGUAUUUUUGAUGUAAAUUUCUUUUACUGAUAGCAGAGGUUUUAUAUAACCGAUGGACUAGUUUCGAAUGAGGUCACAUCGGUUCUUCGCGCGCGAAAACGAAUAUUUUGCGUGAUCUUUCGAUCUGGCAUUAUCUGACCCCGUAAUUAUGUUCAUGGGAUCAGUGUUCGCCACUUCUUCGCCGAUUUCCAUUUUAAUGGGGUUUGAUUCGCGGAACAAUCAUUUCCGUGACAUGUUUCAUUAAAUCCUCCCACUCAAACAAUAACUGGCGGAUAUACUGUAUUGUCGGCAACUCGUUUCAAAAAUAUUUUCUUCGUUUUGUUGUGGUGAAUUUUGAAGAUGAGUGUCAACUAACUCGAUCGAGUGGGAGGCCAAACCUCGACCAAUUAGCGUAACACGAUAACCGUGAAUGUGAAGACCUGUUCAAUUUUGUAAAGGAAAAAAAGAGUCGAUAUCUCUGACCAAAUUUCAUAUCUAGCGUUUUGUUCUUUAACUAUAUCGCCAUAUUAACAUACUGAAUUUGUUAGUUUGAAGUAAAGAUAUCAUUGUACACCUGUUACUUUAAGUCUAAACAUAGUUUUCUAGAAUCUAUUUUCUUGAUGAAAACUUGUAAGUUUUUUAGCGGAUGUCUCUGCAAUUUUGUAAUAUCCAAUUGCAAACAUCUUCUGUUAAAUUUGAAACUUCAAACCCAUUGAAUUAGAAGUUUGUGACAGUAGAUUGUUUUUUCCUCGGAGUACACCUGCAUCAAAAAUAGCUUGUGCGUGGUAUGGUAUUAUUUGGUGUUAAUGGAGUUAUUUUCCAUGGUUGAAGCCUUCAAGUAGCGGGAAAUGCUCUAUUACCGUAAGCUGUGCCAUCCCCAGCAUUAAUCCAGGAAUUCUCUGUGGGAUUUCAGGAAGGAUAGAUAAUUUUCAAUUUAUCUCAAUUUGCUAAGAACACCAGCAGAACACGCGUUGUUGAAAACGUUAUUUUUCAUUUUCCUUAUUGCAUAGUUGUCAAUAAUUCUAAGAACCAAUCUGAGUCUUUGUUUUGUGUGGAAACAAAUUAAGAACUAUUGUUUAUGGCAAAACAUAGUGGAGUGCCUUUCAUUUUUGUUAAUGUUUCUGAUGGAAAUGAGAAGGCUUUUUUUUGAUAGAAAUACUUUUGAAUCCAAUAUUGAAAUUAAGUUACUCUAUACUUUUGAAAUAAAAGUUUAGUUUCAGUUCCAGGGAUUUGUGUGUAAAUCCCUGGUACUAUGGGAUAUCUAGAACUUGACUGAUACAGUGUCAUCUGAAACACUGAAGCUUUACAAUAACUUGAAAUAUCACCAGUUGAAACUGCUGUUUUCCACCUAUAUUUCACUGGGUAGAUAGCCCAUAUCACACAGAAAAACAAAGUCAUCUAUCAUCCCUGUCCUUCAUUUCCUAUGGCUGUUACCAAUUAGUCAAUUUUUUUUGUUGUCACUGUGAACAAAAAUAUUUUUAAGAAGAUCUAGUUUUGUGUUUUUGGUUUCUUCGCUAGAAAGUAACAAUAUUUUAUCAAUUUUAUAAUGAGAAUAUAAAUUUAGUUCAGUAGCUCUAUUUGACACAGCCCACGUGGAUUAGUGAUUUUAAAAGCCCCUUCUAUGAAGCAUUUUAAACUUGUUAAUCCUUGAUUUUUAGGGGUUUUGUCAAGUGUUAGCCAUCCUUAGGAUAGGCCUCCACAACAUGUUAAUAUCAUACACUCUAACACUUAAAAUAAUAUAUUUUGUUUUGAGCCAUUUUUUAGAUGUUUUCCAUGCAUUCGUUAUAUGUUUUAACAUCUUUCUCUUUCUCGAGAGUGACAAGCAUCUUAUUUAUUGUUAAGAAAUCACUGCUGAAUCAAACAUUUAUGUCAUGUAUUGUGAAUAAAGGAAGUGGUCCCCAUUUGAAUAAGAGAAUGUUCCAGAACAUGGAAUACAGACUUAAUUUACUUUAACCCUAUUUGAAUUAAACCUUUCUGUUAAAUAAAAAGAGAAUCAUAUGUAAAUUGAACUAUUUAGGAUAUUGGUUUACACAUAACAGUGUUUGAAUCAAUAACUGUUCAUUUUUGUUAAGUGCCCCUGAGUGUACUUGAGAGAUUAAAAAAUUUAUCUUUAAACCUAUACAUUGAAAAUUCUAGGAGCAUUUUGAUUUUAAUGCUGUUGCCUUUUUACAGAACCUGGCCACUGGGCUCAAGAACUUUAGCAAGUCAACCAGGAAACAGUUUACAUCUCUUCUUUCCAAGAACUUAGGGCUUCAUGAGCAAAGCUGUGUAAUUCUUCAUGUCUCUCCAGUGAGUACAAUAAAUUACAGCCAGUGAUAAUGAAAAUUAUUGUUGGAACAUUAGGGGAAAUUUCUGGACCAAUAGGCUACGUUGGAGACACCGACUUCUACUAUAACAGCAAAUCACCCAAUAUGUGUUCUUUUUGUGUACAAAAUAUGAAACACACCUGGUUGGAGUCAGUGACACCUGUGUUCUAUCAUAAGCUACUACAUUGCUGUUACAAUUUCUACAGCUUUUCCCAAAUAACCAAAUAUGUCUUAUUAUUUUUUGUGUGUGUUUUCAUAACUUGGAAAUGUGCUAUCAAGUCAUUUCAAAAUGUUAUGCCCACCUGGCCAGAGUCAGUAUCAAAAAGAAAGUGAUUUGAUCUCAGAGGAUGGUAACAAAAACACUCACACAUGUGACUCACACUGACAACAGGCUGAGCAAAUAAAGCAGUUGACCCUUUAACUCUCAAAAUCUGAUUGUUAAUUCUCUAACUGCUAUGCAUUUCCUUAGAAAUAAUUUUUGAGAAUUUGAUGUUAGAUCAAGAUAACUUCUACCUGAUAAAUUUGAGUAUUCUCAUUAUCUGCUUGUUGGAUAAUGUGUAGAUGUUAUAGGAGGAAGUUAUGAGUUAAUCCCUUCUGGGAUUUAAGGGUUUAGCAAAUGCAAGACUUAAAGUAGUAAUGGUUUUGGACUUGUACUUGAAAAUGGAUUAAUAGAAGCCUGUAAAUGAUGUCUGUUUGUGAAACUGAACAACAUUCUUAUUGAUCAUGAUUAUUGAUUAAAAGGUAAUAGGGUAUCUCCACUUUUUUUUUUUUUCAGAUUUCCCUUAGACGGAUCCAAAUUGAACUUUCUUGUGAAAAAGACAUGGUUAAAGCUAUGGGUUCAGAGUGGGAGCCUAAUGUAUUUAUUCCAGCCAACAAAAUGAUCCAAACCUUAGACAGCCCAAGGAUGCAGCCAUUUUUGCGAGAAUUCAACAUAACUGCUUAUGGAAUCAAGGUUUAAAACACUUAUUAACCCUUUUACUCCUAAGAUCUAAAUGUAGUUGAACCUUUAUUAACCCUUUACAUCCUAACACCAGUUUGCAAAUUCUCCAUACUGUUCUCUAUACAUAUACUAAGGUGCUGACAAAGAGAAUUUGUUUAACAAUCAAGGGCUUUUUUGGCUGGUGAUCAUUUUCUUUAUUCUCGUGACCCUAAUGUGUGAUUCAGGGGUGAUAUUGCAAAGAGAAAUUAGAUGCUAGUCACCCUGUAUUACGCAGUCAGUUGUCAAAGUCCCAAAUUUGUUUCCCCUUAGUAACUGUACUUUUCACCUCUAUUAAGGUGGUACAGAAGGCUACCUUGACCUUUUUGUGAUGGUUUAUAUUCUCAGAUAUUAUGGUGUUUGCAGUUCACGCAGUAUUUUAGAUGACAUUUUUGACACAUCCAUUUCAUUGGUAACCAUUCAAUAAUAAAAUAUGUAGUGUUUUUUUUACUAUGGAUGGAACUCGGGAAAGAUCUCUACUGUAGAUUACUACUUAUAUUUUCCAAGCAACAAAAUUAUAAAUAUGUUAUUGUUAGCCUCCUCAUUCUUAAAAUUUUUAAUGAUAUUUCUAAUAUCAGUGACAUGUUGCAACCAUAAGGAAGCAAAUAACCACAUAUUUUAUUUUGUCAUGUAACAUUAGAUUGAAAGUUGUGACUCAGAAAUGCCCACACCACAUUGUAUUUUUGUGCUUCUUGAUGAAGCCUUUUCCCUCUUUUCACUUCCCAACCAACUGAUGUCAAUUUCUUUUAGUCAAGAAGAAGCUUAGAACAUUCUCUGGGACCUCUACUUUUGUGUUGCUUUUCUAUCUCUCGCUAGUGAACAGCAUGAGUGCUAAGAUUGUCUCAACACCACAGGAUAGGUUUCAUUACUACAAAUGUUGCAUAUGUUUAUAGUCUCAGUUACUGAUUGGUUUUGCAGGAAUAAUAGCAAGACAAAUAUGGUGAUUAUGACCACCUAUAGUGCACUAUUUUGCAUUUUAUUGCUGCAGCCAUGUAUCACUGGCUUACAGAAGAUGGCAAUCGAACAAAGGAAAGUAAAAAGGGGUUCUCUGACAAAUUCUUCCCGAGAUAUCCCUGCUUUUUGCAAAUUGAUUAGUGCAGCUACAUUGUGUCAUGCAACUGCAACAGUAUUAACUUGGGGAUGAUUGAUUCUUUUGAACUAAAACUGGGCAAACUAAAAGUAUAUACGAACAAGGAAAAUUUACAGUGCUGUCUUCCAUGGUCUGCCAAAAAUUGUCCAAAUGAGAGGGUAGGGGAUCGUAACCUUACAUUUUUUUAGUUUUUUGAAGAUUAAACUGUGAAAAUUGACUAUUAUUUAGAGUAGAGAGUAGAGUGCCAUAAGAGUCAUUAUUGCCUUCAUCUUUGUGCCUGUGCUAAACCAUUUUGAGUAGUAUUAAACUGGCAUGGAUUUAGAGAAACUUUUUUCCAAAAAUGGUAUUUUGAAUACACUCCUUAAUUCCAUGGAAUUCCACAAAUUCCAUGGCACUGAGCAAAAUUACAUUUUUUGUUCUCAAUUUAUGUGUAGAAUCAUAUAUCACAUGUGAGAAUUUCAAGUCAUUCCAACAAAUCUGUAAUAUUUUAUCAACAAUUUGAGACAAUUCAGGGAAUUUAGCCUUCAGUACCACCUUAUUAGUGGUCACCUCUAUUAAGCGGAUAUGUUAACCUUUGAGUGAGUUCCAAUGGCUAGUUUAUGAUGUCUUCCACCUGUAUUGAAUGGUCACAUAAAGUGAAACCACUAAAAUAAAACUAAGAAUGAUCUUUCAAGUAAAAUUUGAUUUAUGUUUCUCUCCGGAAACUAAUGUUAGUAAUAUUUUUGAACAAGUUCUUUAUCAUUUUUUGUAUUACCCUAUUCUGUGGAACCUGUAUUAAGCAGUCAAAUACAGGUUUGACUGUAUCAGUUUUCAAAGCUUUUUUAAAAUACAUUUUCUAUGAUUUAAGCUCUGACAGUGUAAAAUCAAAUCAUUAUUCCACAGUUGAUAUCUUCCUUUCAUCUCAUUUUAUAUAAACCCUUCUACUUAGAAUGUGAUGACAUUGUCACUUCUGGAGGUAAAAAGUUGAAGGAAGUACACAUGAAUGUGUGUCUCGUUUUGUGCAUUAUAUUCAGGACAAGAAACUUUUUAAAAAAAUGCAAGGUUGUGAUUCAGAUUGUAUUGUCUUUGAUAGCUUGGAGAAACACAAGAGGGCCAAACGAAAGGAUGAACAAUAAUUGUACAGUCACACUCGAACUGAUUUAACCAAAGAUCACUCAAAUAUCCUUAUACAUGUAGCUUACAUGAAAUAUCAUUACACAAAUAAUUGAACAAAACACAGAAGAAACGAUGCAUUUGUUCAAAGGGACAAGUGAGUUGAAACAACAGUCUCUUUCCCUGGACCAUUUGCUCACCAUCUGUGUUUUAUUCUCUUUCCUACACUAUCUUUGGAAUUAAGGCUUGUUGUUGUCUGACUUAUCACAUUUUGUUCAAAACAUUUCUUUCACCCAGGAAACCCCUGAAAUAGACCUUGCUGUUUAUCAGGAAAUGUGGUUUCCUGUGGCAGUUGUGGCUGGAGUGACAGUUAUUCUUAUAUUUCUGGCUAUUGUUUGCCUGGUAAGUCACAGCAUUCCUAAUUUCCUGUACAUCAGAAUAAAAAGAUCACCUAAUUAUAAGAGUAGUAACACAUUUCUCCCAACUGUCUACAUGUAAUUCCCUAAAUUGCAGAUAAUCUAAUUUUCCCCACUGGUUUUAAGUUAUUUCUCCAUUUGCUAGGUCUGAAAAGUUGGGGUCAUAUCCAAACCAUUUCUCCUCAUUUAAUAUUUUUCUUAAUUUUCAUUUAUAUGUGUCUGUUAGAUGUUUUAUAGGAAUAUAUUUAAUUUAGAAGAUAAUUUAAAGACAAAAGAUUCCUUUGAGCUUUAGGGUAAACCAGCAACUGCAAUAAUCAUUGAUGAAAAAUAGUAGUCUUAUGUAAAAAAAAAAACUAACUUAAGGCUAAGGUUUUUUAAGCAAAAUGGAACACAAGAUGGAUAGCUAUGAUAAAUUUCUCUUGCUUGUAGCUGUUUUGCCGACGUCAUCUAGAAGCCAAGGCUGAAGAAGAACAUCGUACACAACAGCUUGAUCCAGAGAAGCUUUUCUAUCCUGCUGUUGACCCUGCAAACAACAUGUCAGCAAGCAUGAUACAGCCUGAUGCAGGAAGGGUGUAUACGAUAACAGGUUUACCCCCCAAGGCAAGAAAAUGGAAAGGGUCUCAGUUAUCCUUAUCAGACAGGUGAGAUACAUUUUACAGCUUCUUAACUUUCUUGUACUCUUAUAUCUUCAGAAUCUUAUUUUUGGCUAAAUAAUGUUUGUGUUUGGAUUUUAGACGCGGCUCCAAAGCAUCUCUGGUCUUAGAUCUCAACAGAUCAUCAUCAACUGAAUUAGGACCCAGCUCUUCUGCUCCAAGUAUAUUAGAAAGGUAACAGUGUCAAAUUGUAAUACGAUUUACAUUAAAUUAAACUGAAAAUAAGACUUUCUUUUGUCAAAAUUGUUGUAAGGAUGCUUUGCUAUGGUUGGGUAUUUUAAAGCUUUUUACAAAAUAGCACAUCUUACAGAGACCAUUUCUACACAUCUCUUAUCAUUGAAGUGAGAAUUGAAAAGGUAGUUAGGUACAUUGUAUGAAGUGGAACCUUUUAAUGAGAUUCCAAAGGUCCAGUGUGAAGCUAUUAGACUAGAGAGCCUAAUGGGAUGUUUGUUGUACGGGGAAGGAGCUAUUUUCUGGGUUGUCUUAUCACUCUCACUGCUUAAGAGUUUUUAUUGAUAUUUCAACAUAAUCAAUAAGCUAGUGAAUUAAACAAAAUUCUUUAAAUAUUUGCAUAUUUUGAAUUGAAUGUCACAUUGUGUGUAAUUUUUCUAUUUGCAGUCCCACAGAAGAAAAACUAGCUUCUAAAUCCAGGUCUUUAACUUGCAAUGAAUUGGAAAACUGUGUAAAUGAACCCAAGAAACUUUAUGCCGAAUUUUGGGUGAGUCAGAGAACCAGUGAAUUACCUAAAAUGAUAGGGGUCAUAGGGGUGGUACAAAGAAAUAUUUUGAGUUCCUCACAAGGAUUUUUACCUUGGGGCCCAGUUAUUCAAAGGGCAGAUAAUGCUAUCCAACAGAAAAUUCGCUAUCCAGUGGAUAAACAUUAACAAAACCUAUUGCACUAUCCACCAGAUAGAGAUUUAUCAGGUGGAUAGUGUUAUCCACUACUUGAACAACUGGGGCCAAAACUUAAACUGUCAUGGUGCUAUGUCCCACCAUUGAGGGCACAUGUUGAGUGAAAUUUCAAUCAAUUUGUUAUUUUGAACCAAUAACUCUCGACUUUCUCUAUUUAUCUACAUGUAGGAAAUGCCAAUGAAUAAUCCUCCUCCAGAAGAGAGGAUUCCUGGUUCCAGUUACAGAAAUAGAUACCCAUUUGUUUUACCAAGUAAGCCACAGGCCUUUAGGCAGAUUAUUUAAAUGUGUAUGAUCAUGUAGUCUAGUUGUCUAGGUGAGAGUAGUCCUGAAAUGGACUUUAGUCUGUACUGUUGACUUACAUUUUGAUAACCUGAGCGGACAACAUCAUCAGAGUCAGUGAGUAGUUGUUGUCAGUUAAGUGUACCAUAUCCAGUUCAUAUAAACUGAUUGGUCAGUUUAGCAAUGAUAUUGUUGGCUAUAAGACUAGAGUGGAGUAAUUCAGUGGUGAUUGGUCAGUUUCAAUCCAUCGUUAAUGUUAGGUCAUUCUCUUUGGUUUUUUUGUGUUGUUAGUGUUGUGAACAAGUCAUUUGCGUGGUUGUAGUUCAGCAAAAGAGCAGUCUCAGCCAUUACCAAAAAAAGCAAAACAUGUUAUCCAAAUGUUGAUUUUUGCAAUCAAUGUGAAAAAGGCUGACAUCAUUAAUAUAACAAUGUAUUUACUCACCUGAAACAACCCAGCCUUAAAAUGUAUUUAGAUCCAUUGAUUGCUUGGGACUGUAGUCCUAGUUAGACUUCAUCAAAACAUCUGGCCAUUAGGAUUUAGCUCUGUCCUUGUUUAAGGCAAUUGGGAUAUAUUGGAAGUAUUAUCCACUGACGUGAAGGCAAACAGUGGAGGAUAUUACAUGUAGAUAUCAUUAGUUAGACUUUGUCAAAACAAUGACAAUGUAUUUACUCACCUGAAACAACCCAGCCUUAAAAUGUAUUGAGAUCCAUUGAUUGCUUGGGACUGUAGUCCUAGUUAGACUUCAUCAAAAUAUCUGUUCAUUAGGAUUUAGUUCUGUCCUUGUUUAAGGCAGUUGGGAUAUAUCAGAAGUAUUAUCCACUGAAGUGUAGGCAAAUACUGGAGGAUAUUUUCUGAGCCUUUAUAUUUUCUGCCCCUUUCAAUCAAACAUUGUGGUAUUUACUUGAUAAAAAACCAAAAAUUGCAGACUGAGGUUUUCAGAUCAAUGAAAGAGGAAGCCCUGCAACAGGGUGUAACUUAUUGCAUCACAUCUCAUUUCCAGAAGGGAUCCUUACUCUUUUGUUUACAGCUGAUAAAUGUUUUUAACUCAGCUUAUCAAGACAUUUAACUUGUACUUUCUUACAGCAAGAGACAAUUAGUGUUAAUGCAAACUGUAUUCUGUUCAUUUUCAGACAGUAGAAGUAGAGUGAAUCUACCUGAAAUACCAGGAGAUACUUUAUCUCUUUACAUUAAUGCAAAUUUUUUGAAGGUAAAUUUAAAAGUGGAAUCGCUGUUUUAGCACAUUUUAUUGAAUCUCACAUUAUUGUGUCUUAACACUCCUUAUAGAUGUUAAUUAGUGCUUAUUCCACUUUUUUUUUAAAUUCAUAUUCAGGGUUACGAGGGUCGAAAGCAAGCUUACAUAGCCACCCAAGGUAAUUAUUUUGUCAAGUUCUGUUAUCAAAUCUAACUUUUCACUGACUACAAUAACUGCUUGAUGAGAUUGGGUUGUGUAUGAAUUAAUGAGCUCUCCAACUAUGAGGAAGAAGAAGGGCAAGAGAUAAAGGAUAUGAUUACUAACUUUAGAAACUCUUGAUUGUUAAACAAAUUCUCCUUGUUAGCCCCUAAGGAAAUGUAUGUGGAACAGUAUCAAGAAUAUGAAUAAUGAUGUUAGGGUGUAAAGGGUUACGCUAGAUUGAGCUCCAGCAGUAAAGAUGCUUGGAGGGUCUGAGAACCUCACCAAGCUAACUCUGUGUUAAGGUUUUAAGUCUCUGUGAUAGCUCAUCCACAAACACACUUAAAUGGUGUUACAGUAAUAAUUUGUAAGUAACCUUUCUUGUGUACCACUUUGAAGGAUAUCAUUAAUGUUUCUUCAUCUAGGUCCAUUGUCAGUUACAGUAAAAGAUUUUUGGAGAAUGAUAUGGCAUCAUCAAUGUCCAAUCAUUGUUAUGAUAACAAAACUUAAAGAAAGAAAUGAGGUAUGAUUUGGAUGGCAUGAAUUACCAAGUAUAUUGUUUUAUUAUAUUUACAGGGAUCAUGUUAUUAGAAAGCUUAAUAUAUUAUUUAGGUAAAUGCUUAUAUUCAAAAUGAAAUCUGCAUUGAUAAAUCUUAAUAUGUUACUUUUUAACCACUUUUUUUAGCUGUUUUAAUAUGAGGGGUUUACCCAAGUCCCCAAAAUUCACCUCUUACUUGUGGCAUCAUGAUAAAUCAUGGUCUAGGUCAUCAAAAUAAACUGGUAACUGGUGUAUUUUGCUGUCUACUCUGAAAAAUACAAUGGCUUUUCAAUUUUCAGCAUAGAGGUAUAACAUUGCACUGACUACUUUGUACCGCAGUCGGUUACUCAAAAUAUCUUUUUGACAACCCUGCAUGAUAAUAAUUUAAAAAUGAACUUCACCAUUUCCCUCACCCCUCUUUUUGCUUCCUCAUCUGCUCUUGGUUCACACUCUCCUGGUUCAGGUUUCUUGUAUUCAAGUAAACACUUUACUUUGUUAGACAAAAUGUGAACAAUACUGGCCUGAUCCAACAUUCCGAACACAAGAGAAGUAUGGAGACAUUGUUGUCACUUUUGACUCUGUAAUUGGACGAGAUGGGUAUCAGAUCACUUCAUUUUACAUCAGUCAUUCACAGGUGAUUUUUCUAGUAAAGUCAAUUGACACUUUUUCUUUAAGAAAUUACAAUAAUUUAAGUUCUCCUCACAUUUUUAGCACAUUUUCUUGUGAUCAAGUGAUGAGAACAGUUAAGAUUAUCACAUGUAGGGUGCUAUCUUGUUGUAACAACAAAUUCUUUUGUCUAUACUUAACAAGAACAUAUACGGCAGGCAGAAGGAGGAUUUACUCAUUUGAUCUGAAAAGUUAUUGAUUGAGUCCUGAGGUAUAUCAAGUAAAAAAAGAAAGAUAUGUAACUAUGUAGAUUAACCCUUAAACUCCCAUGGGUGACUGAGACAGAGUUUCUCCUUACUAUAUCCACCCAAUAUCAAGUAGACAAUUAAUGAGAAUAAAGAAAGAGAUCAAUUAGGGGAUUAAAAGUUGAUCCAGUACCACAUUCUUCAAACCAAUAUCAUGAGAAUUGUAUAGCAGGCCUUAAGGAGAAUUACUAAUGAGAUCUUGGGAGUGAGAGGGUUAACAACACAAUGUAGAGCACAGUGUUAAUCAGACAACAUUGAUUUAUGGGUAAUGGAUAGAUUGAGCUGUGGAAAUUUUGUGCUGAUACCAUAAUUUUUACUUCAUUUGAGGUAAUUCUUUUCCUUAUAUAUUUAUUUGUCAUGUUCUUUUGUUGAAUUUUUCAGUCAUUGGAAGCUCCUCGGAGAGUUUACCACUACUGGUACACAGCAUGGCCUGAUCAUGGUGUCCCUGACUCACCAAGACAAUUUUUAAGAUUAGUAGAGGAAGUGCAUAUUGCUCAGGAGAGAGAGGAUGUCAAAGAAGGGCCUGUUGUUGUUCAUUGCAGGUUGGUUAUCAAGGUCACUAAUGGCAUGUGUAGCUAGUAAAUUUCCUUUAAAAAAAAGUUAAAAAUAAUAUGCACCUUGAAGUAAAUGCAAUGAAAAAUAUAGAAAAUUGUAGUGAGACAUAGGGAAUUGUACACUAAGUACAUGUUGGGAUACUAGAUACUUUUAAGUCUGAAGGCUAUGAAUGACAGGAAAAGAUCUGAAUAUCAAAAAAAAUUGUUACAUAUUAUUUAAAGUGCUUCCAAAUUAAUUCCUUCUGGACAUUUGACCUUUUUCCUGUCAUUUGCAUGGUUUUGUAACUUACAAAGUGAAACGCAGUAUCAGGAUAACUGUAAUCAUGAGCUUAAAUCUGGAUUGAAACCCCACCUUUUAAUUUAGUUUAUAAAGGUUUCUUAAAUCUAGUUUUUUAAUGAGAAAUUCUGUGGCUAAAGUUAUUUUGGUUGUAGCUAUCCUCAACAAUUUUCAAUGAGAUAUAAUGUGACAUUUACCCCUUAACUUUUGUUUGCUUCUCUCACAGUGCUGGAGUUGGAAGAACAGGAUGCUUUAUCGCAGCUAGUAUAGGAAUUGAACAGAUCAAGGUGUGUAUUGUUCAGAGAAAACUUGAAUGAGUGAAAUCAAGAGAAAUUGGUGUGAUCACAAAAAUUAAGAACUUCCAGAAACAUUAUUCAUAAGUAUGUGGGAUGCAGCAAGUUUUCUGUUUUGCAUGUGAGACAAAUCCUCUGGAACACUACCUUCUUGGGUCAUAAUAGGUCCUCUUUUUAUUUUCAAUGCCACAAAAUUUUGCUAUAUCAGUAGCCACAGGCAGUCUUAAAUUGCCUAUUCUCUAGCAUCAUUAUACAGCUUCUAGUUAUUUUCAAUGCCUUAAAAUUUUGCUUUAUCAGUCUUAAACUGCCUAUUUUCAUUCCAAGCUGAUGUAUACGUUUUCUUUUCCACCAUUAGAAAGAAGGUCUUGUAGACAUUCUAAAGAUAGUGAGCCUUAUGAGAAUAGACAGGUGAGUUGUAUCCAAACUCUUAAACCCUCUGACUUCCAUGAUUUAAAUAUUGAUCCUUCAAACUGUUUGUUAUGCAUUUCUUAUAAUUUGAGGUCAGAAAAUUUGGUGUUUAUUCAAACAGUUUAUGAUAUUUUUUGUAAUGUACUUCACUUUACCUUUUUGCUUGAAAAUGAGUUGAUUUUUUUUAUUGAGAAUUGCAAUUUUGGUGUUCCCUGGGAAUGAAAGUUUUAACCCUUUAACUCCCAUGAGUGACCAAGACAGAAUUUCUCCUUACAAUAUCAAUGCAAUAUCAAUCAGACAGGUGAUGAGAAUAAAGAGAAAUAAAAUAUAAGUUUGAGGAUUUUCUGGUUGAUUCAGUACCAAAUUCUCAGAACUAGCAUCAUAAGGAUUGUAUGGCAGACAGUAAGGAGAAUUACUGAUGAGAUCUUGGGCAUUAAAGAAUUAAAUUGUUUCAAGUUAGGCUUUUCCUCAUCAAGGCCUGGUUGUUCUAAUGUGGGUUGAGUUAACCCAGGGUUAGAGUAAAAUCUUAUUUCAUAUCUGAAAGCUUUGACCCUUUAACUCCUAGAUCAAAUUUGUAAGUCUCCUUACUGUCAACCACAUAAUUCUUAUAAUGUUAGUUCAGAGAAUUUAUUGUGGAAUCAACUAAUUAUCCCCAAAUUGAUAGUUUUCUUUAUUCUCGUCACUUAUUUGGUUUAUAUUGUAUGGAUAUUGUAAGGAGAAUUCUUUCUUGGUCACUCAUGGUAGCUAAAGGGCUAAAAGAAAAUUCAGUAUAAUUCCUUUUGUUUACUAGAAUAAAUUGAAUGAUUGGAUGCUCUAAAAUGAAUAGAGAAAAUUAUUGCAAAAAAGCUGUUAAACAAAGGAAUAAAGAAACCUGGAUGAAAAUUUAACCCUGGGGAAGGACUAAUCAGCCUCAGAACAACUAGGCCCUGAGCAGUAGUUGCCGAAGUAAGGGGCAGUUGCCAUGGUUUUGGUUCUCCAUGUGGGUUACCAGAUUUGAAACUAAAACCACUUGCAACUUUGCCAUCAACAUUUCCUCCUGAUAUGCAAAGUUUUUAUUAUUGAAAUUAUUAACAUUCAGUUUUUUGUGGUUCUUUGUGAUACUUUUCUUUGCUCUGACUGGGUGUUCUGAUAACUUUGGUUUAGGCUCAUUUAAUUGAAAAUUGACAGCCACUUCAUAAAACAAUGUUAAUUCAUAAAUUUAUUUAUUGACUGAGAGAAGGGGCCUGACAAAAAAAUUAUUUGGUUUGAGGUUAUGAUGUACAGACCCAGUAUAGCUAGGUCUGUGCUUCAUGACUGAGAGCUUGAUAUUUUCCCAUCCAACUGGAACUAACUUUGUCAAUGAGCAUUUUAUCUACUGGUAUAUUUUCUGUCUUUUCCCUUUUUUUUCUUCCUUUCUUCCUCCAGCUCUUAUCUUGCUCGGCUUUAGGUCUUUUUACAGCCCUGCUUAAGGAUUUUUGUCAGAUGUUUUUUAAUAACAUUGCAUGUUGUGAUACUCAUAGUACUGUAGUAGUUACAAAAAUGCACUGCAACUUAACCUUUUUUUAUAAAUCCUCAGGGGUGGUAUGGUGGAGAAUGAAUUGCAGUAUGAGCUUAUUUACAAUGCUCUUUAUCAUUUUUGGACAACACGUACUGGGAGUGAUGACGACACCCGUGACAUAGCACUUGAAGCAAUCUUUGAUGAAUAAUCCAUGACAAAUGCAAUGAUUACACAUACUUUUUUUGGAAUUCCUUGGACAUGCUGGUCAUGGAAGAUAUAAUGAUUAGGUGAAUUGUACAGAUCAGUUAUGGCUAUCAUCCAUCAAAGUGUGGGCUGAGAGGAGUGACUAACACACAUCACUUUUCAUAAAAAAAAAAUUUAAGAUGUGGAUUAAGGUGUUUUUUAUUAUUAUUUCAAUGGGUGGAUCAGCAGUAACUGAAUCACUGUGAAAUUUUCAUCAAGAAUUUGUCCUCAGCUGUUAGCUUGUGUAAGGCUGACAUGAACAAUUCUUUACCUCAAAUAAUGAUGUCUCACAACAUGCCACUGGAAAAAAUAUUUGCAAAAGCAUGGAGUACAACAAACAGUUCAGAGCUUGUCAACACAGGAAGGUUCCAAAUUUCUGAACUUCUGACCAGUCAGUUUAUAUCUGUUUGCAGUUCUGUGGAAAUAGUAUCAGCUGCCAUCCUGCUUUUCAUGUGGUUCAUUCCAGUUUGUGGAGGGACUAUUCCAUGUUAUGUUUUGAACACGCUCAGUUUAUAGAAGGGUAUAGUGAAGAGGCAUACAAAUAUUAGACAUGUCCCUUGCAGGCCAAGGGACAAAUAACAAAUUUUUUGCAGCAAGGAAUUUUUCAUUGAGAUGUAACUCACCUUGUUCUUAGUUCUUUUAUUUGACUCUUCAUCUCUUUAAUUUAUGAAGUUGCCUUGAUUCACCUAAUGCUUGGAAAACUGCAGUUUUAGUCGAACAACUGAUUACUACAGUAAUAGUCAAACCAUGAUCCACGAGAGGGAUUUUCUCCAAACAUUUUUUGGAAGACUUCACAAUAAUUUUUUAUGGUUUGGAUGGAACUGAGUCAGAAGUCAGGUUUCUUGAUUGCUUCUAAAAUGGCAAGAGUGAGAAUGAAGAUGAACAAGAGACAAGCUUGUAACUCUAUAGUAUUAUCACUGACCUCAUCCCCACUGUCAUCAUUGAGGUCAUUAUUUGUGUUGCCAUUAUUAACACCAUUAUCAUGGCUGUAAUCGCAAUGUUAUGGCCUAGGGACAUGUUUAUCACCUCUGUGUGCAGCUUCAACUUCAGCCAAGAAAACACUUCCUUCCCAGUGCUCACAGAUGACUACUUCCGCAUUCUGUGGUCUACCAUCAACACUUCCUUGAAAGACUUCACAAAGUGGCCUUUGUAACACCCUUUGCAUGUUAGCCAUAAUUUGAUCUUGUUAAGAUUUUGACUAGAAACAAAUCUCUCAAACACUCUUAAUUUUUGAUCUUUGAAAGGGAAAAAGGAUCUCAUCAUCUUAACCCUUUAACUCCCAGAUCAAAUUUGUAAUUCUCCUUACUGUCAACCAUACAACUCUUAUAAUGUUAGUUUAGAAAAUUUAGUAUUGGAUCAAUUAAUUAUUCCCAAAUUUAUCUUUUUUUCUAUUCUCAUCACUUAUCUGGUUGAUGUUGUAUAGAUAUGAUAAGGAGAAAUUCUGUCUUGGUCACUCAUGGGAUUUAAAGGGUUAAGUAUGUUAUGAUGACCUGCUAUGCUCAAUUGUACUAAUUUAGCUCCCUGACAACAAAAGAAGUUAAUACUUUGCCUGCUAAAAAUUUGGCAUCAAAAAAUAAUUUAUUUUAAAGUUUUAGUGAAAGGGUCCUUGUUAAAGUUGGGACGGUGAAAUUAUGAAAGAGAUUAUUAUCAAUAGUUAUUGUCCUUUGUUGGCUAAGGUAGAGUUCUAAGAAUAUCCUCAACUAAGAAAAUUAUUCCAUAGUAGUUAUCAGAAAUUAUUGUACAGAAUUGUUAUUGAGGGAUUUUUAUUAAAUUCUUCAAUAGAUAUUUAAUCUGGCCACAGGAAUAAUAUUUACAAACGUUUACAAGGGUGAAGAGAAAGGCUAUAGAAAUUUAUUUAAGAUGUUUAUGUACAUAGUAUUGAAUGUGCUGCAUUAAAAUGAAAAAUUGGUUACAACAAUGUUUAGCAGGUCAUUUUCAUUGUAGAUAAAAUAUUUUUUUGUGAUUAAAACUGUUGUUGUCACACA